AUGUCUAGGCUGUGUAACUCACUGUUCAUCGUCUUGGUGUCAUAUGAGCAUCUUCAAGUAGUCUUUCAGUUACUUCAAGAGAAACAGUUCUACGCUAAGUUGAGCAAGUGUGAAUUCUGGUUGCCGAAAGUAACUUUUUUGGGCCAUGUGGUUUUUGCGGAGGAGAUCCAAGUGGAUCCUAAAAAUAUUGAGGUUAUAUUUAAUUGGAAACAGGCUAAGAAUGUUUUAGAGAUUUACAGUUUUCUAGGUCUUGUGGGUUAUCAUCGGAAGUUUGUUGAAGGGUUCUCGUUAAUUACAGCUUCUCUGACUAAGGGUUUACACAAGAAUGCUCUUUUUGUUUGGACUGAUGAGCAACAAUCAAGCUUUAAGAAGCUCAAAAUAGAGUAUCACUCUGAUAAGGCCAAUGUGGUAGCCGAUGCUCUUAGUCUUAGAUUGAUUCUGAGGGAAGCAUAUAGUAACCCUUAUGCUAUGCAUCCUGGUGGAAAUAAGAUGUAUCGGGAUUUUCGUGAACUAUAUUGGUGGUCGGGUUUAAAACGAGAGUGGUUGCCUUUAACACCGACUAAGAAGGAUUCUGUAUGGGUUAUCGUGGAUCGGUUGACCAAGUCUGGCCAUUUCAUUCCAGUUUGGAUAGAUUAUUCACUGCAGAAGUUGGCCAAGCUCUACAUUUCUGAGAUUGUGAGACUUCACAGGACCGAUAGUCAAUCUGAGAGGGUGAUUCAGAUACUAGAGGAUAUGCUUCGAAGUUGUGUAAUUGAUUUCCAGGGAAGUUGGGAGGAUUUUCUUCUGUUAGCUGAGUUUGACUACAAUAAUAGUUUUCAAUCUAGCAUUUAG